CGUGCAGCGAGAAUAAGGCAGGCUGGCAACAACCGACAGAGCCUCGUAGACUUGAUGAAUUAUAUAAGAAAAUCAAACCACUCUAAUAACGACAUACUAUUUACUCGCCAGGAUAUUCACUCUUCACUAAGUUUUUUAACCGUUUAGACCUUUCACUGCAUUGACACCCGAUCUAAUGGAUUACUUACAACCUGAAGAGUAUGAUAUCAUAUGGAUUGCACCAUUGGAAAUCGAGGCGCAAGCCGCUUUGAAUAUGCUAGAUCAUCGGCAUGGCGGUAAAUUUCCAAUGGCCCGGGGCGAUGAUUACAUAUUCCAAGCUGGCGAUAUAUGCGGACAUAAUGUUGCAAUUGCAACUCUUCCGGUUGGUCAGGAGUAUGGGGAGGGUUCAGCCGCUGCCCUUGCCAGUCAGGCAAAGAAGUUUUUUCCUAACUUCUGGUUUGGGCUGCUAGUAGGCGUGGCCGCUGGUAUUCCUGAUCUUGAAAAAGAUCCUCGACAAGACAUUAGAUUAGGUGAUGUUCUUGUCAGCAUCCCAGACAUGUACCGCCCAGGAAUUCUUGCAUACGACUUGGGUAAAGAUAAGGGGGGUGAUACACUUGAGCUUCUUCGUGAUGGCUAUAUCCUUGCUCAGACUGCGCAAAUCGUGAGGGCAGCUAUUGGCAGCAUCAAACUUGGAUCACCGAAUGAGGCCGAGAUAUUUCGUCCGUUUUACGAAAAUAUGAAGAACAAGGAGAGGUUUAUUGAUCCUGGACAAGAUCAGGACGAUUUCUAUCAAGUAGGAGCCGAUGGUAUCGAGCAUAUAGUAGAAAGACCAAAACGACCUGCUUCAGAGCGCACUAGAGUGUGGUAUGGCCCAAUAGGGUCAGGCGACAAACUCAUGAGGAGUGCUUCGAAGCGCGAUAUGCUGAGAGAUAAAUAUGGAAUUAUUGGCCUAGAGAUGGAAGCAGCAGGUGUUAUGAAUCGAAUUGAUGUCGGCGUCAUCAGGGGCACAUACAACUACGCAGAUGAACACAAGAACAAGAACUGGAAACCAUAUGCUGCGGCUAUGGCGGCGGCAUAUGCCAAAGCACUCCUGUAUCAAGUUCCACCAGUACAUAGUGAGUAUCAGCAACACCAUUGCAAUCACCCAAUUGCUUCGUUACUAACCCCAAUAGAUCGAUAUGAUACCCAUGCGAAUAAUAAGCGAGACGAAGAUUAUACGGCCGAGUCACCAGCAUUUAGUAGUAAUGAAGUCGAGGAAGAACACAACAACCCUUUUAAUCUAAUCGAAGACGUACCUGAGAGGAAAGCAAUUACCUUUGGGGAUCAGGGCAACCACAAUAUAGACUCUGGAAGCAUUCCAAUUGGUGAAGGGCAGUACGUUUCUUGAUUUUUUACGAUAGGGGAUUGUAUUUUCCCUGGUCUGCAGGCUGAAGAUGUUUCCUUAACUGUGUAAAAGUAAGAGCUCAGAGGAAGAAUAACAAUAAACGAUACAGUGACACCUACCUCUUGAUAGCGAAUGUGAUAUUUAUAGCUUCUCCCCAGUCCACUAUAUAUAAUAGAUGAGCUGCUGUUUCUAGACCUUCAAAGAAUAUUAGUAGGGGUAGUAGCUAAGGCAC